AUGAAAAUUCUAAAAUAGGCAGAUUGCUUUGGGGUUCCAUUUGUAUAAAAUAUAGAUGAUUCAUAAACAAAAUACAGAAGUACACUUGGAGGAAUAAUAACGAUUACAAUCUUUACAGCAAGUUUAGCAUAUAUAUUUUGGGUUGGUUACCUCUGGUAAACUCAUCAGAUUAGCCCAAAAAUAUCUCGUUAAAAUUACAUAUCUGACUAUUCUUUGCUAGAUUUGAGUGAAGAAGUAGUAAGAGUAUACUAUUGGUAAGAUCAAGAAGGAAAAAUUGACCCAUUUACAAAUAAUAUUUUAUUGCCAUUAAUAGUAUACACAGUUAACAAUUCAUUGACAGAGCCUUAAUUAAUAACAAAUCAUAGCGCUACACCAUUUGGAGAAGUUUAUGUACCAGAAAUGUAAUUUGAUUUCUCUUAUUACGAUGGGUACAUAUAUGCAACAGGAGAUAUGUAUAUAUAAAUAGUAAUGUGUUCAGAAAUUUAUUUAAAACCUGGUGAAAAAUGUGCAUCACCAGAACUUAAACAAAAGUUCUUUGCAUAAUCAAACAAUGUAGUUUAGCUUGAAUUUUUUACAACAUCAAUAGAUCCACGAGAUGGAACGAAAUAACGUGGAUACCAAGAAUUCACUAUUUAAAUAGAAGAAAAAUAUUGUUAUUCUGUGCAAUCUUAUUUUAAAACAACCUUAUUUGAGCUCUAAAACUAUUUUUUAUUUGGCUACCCUCAAUACAAGGAAUAUAUUGUAGAUGUGUUAUUACAAACCUAAACGAAUUCUUUAGAAUUUUGUUAAAAAGCGUAUGAAACUGAGGCAAUUGGAAUAGUUUACCUUGGAAUGACAGGAACUCAAGAAAAAACCACAUUAGAAUAUCCACGUAUAGGAGAUCUAUUAGCAAAUGUUGGAUCAAUUGUAUCACUACUAUUUAUGAUCAAAUACUUCAUUAUUUUCUUAAAUGAAUAUUUUUUAAAUCAAAAGGUAUUAAAAGAAAUCAUAAGUUUUUAUUACCCAGAAUUUAAAAAUAUACAAAUAAAAAAGAAUUGGAGAGGUAGGAUAGUUGAAGCUAAUUUAAAUAAGAUAAAACUAGAUAUUAAUAAUUAUACGAAAUUUUAUGAGAAGGUUUCGCACUAGAUGAGAAAAAAGUUUAGUUAUUUGAACUUAUUAUAUGAAAUAUCUAGGCUGUAUUUUGUUAUGAGAUCAUCAAAAUUUAGAAAUGAAUUUCAUAAAUCUCAUUAAAUAGGGAUAAAGAUAAACAUGCUUUAGUAAAAAGAUAGUGAAAUUAUUUUUACUCCAAAGUCAGAAAAGUUUUAAGAAAAUAAUUAUAUCUUAAACGAUGAUGAUGCAGACAUAUUAUCCUACUCCAGAAGAAAACCUGAUAAAAAUUAUGAUCUAAUUUCAGAAGAGAUAUAUAAUGAAAUAGACUAUUAUUAUGCAAAUAAGAUUUUGUGA